CUCGCGGUUUUCUGUUUUGUCUGCAUCCCUCGCCGACCAAUCUGUGGAAUGGUCUGCGUUUUCUCCCCUGGGUUGUUUCCACUUCAGCAUGGGAACUGCGGUGUCCAAAAGGAAGAAUCUGAGGAGUGAUGCGAUUUCUUCCGUGGCCGCAAAAGUUAGAGCAGCCAGAGCAUUUGGAGAAUACUUGUCCAAUACCAAUCCAGAGAACCGCAACGGAGCAGAUCAUCUACUGUCUGACACUUUCCCCGGCCAGGACUCUCCAGACAUCAGUCAACUGCAUAACAACAAUCUGCCACCACAGAGCCGCUGUUUACCUGUAGCUAAACCCACCCAGUCCAGCCAGUCCAAUCCCACUGCUAACCCACAGUCUCAGCCUCAAGUCAACACUCUCCAGGCUCAAGCAUCGCUGGGCCCCUCCAAACGUCGACUCUCUGCUGAACGCAGUCUCUCCACAGAGGACCCACCAGGUGCCAGAGGCUCACAGGGGACUGUUGCUGUCAAGCCAGCCAGGGUGUACACAAUCACCAGAGAAGGCGGGAUGACCCUGGGGGGCCGUGGCAGUGAGGAGAGCCUGGAGUUGGAGGUGCUGAAGGGCUCCAGGGAGCAGCCUCUCUCGCAGGGACCUGCCACUGCCAACCAUGACCUAUCCUGUACCAGCCAACCAUCCGCCUCAGCUGCCCGUGGCAGCCACCACCGUAGCAGCCAUCACCGCAGCAACCAACAUCAUGCCCAGCAACAUCACGGAGGCCCAACGUCAUCGUCACAGCCAUUGCAGACCUCUGGGAGCGCUGGCAACAUCCGGGACUGGGGAAUGAGGAGGGGUGGGUCACGGGAUGACUACACCCCAGACUGCGUGGCCUGUAUUCGGGCUCCAUGCCAAAGCCAGCGCUCCCUGGACCUAGAUACCUCACCACGAGAUGGAGGCAAGCACCGCAAAAAACUGGAGCGGAUGUACAGCGAGGACAGAGCAUCUACUGAUGACAGGGAGGACAAUCCUAACAGCUGGUUCCCCAAAGAGAAUAUGUUCAGCUUUCAGACAGCCACUACCACCAUGCAGGCAAUAUCGGCUUUCCGAGGCAUUGCUGAGAGAAAGACGGAAAGAGAGCAGGAGGCAGCCACCAUGAUGGAGAGAAAUUUUCGCAAGCACCUUCGGAUGGUCGGCAGCCGCAGGAUGAAGGCCCAGACCUUCGUUGACCGUCGAGCCAAGAGCUUCAGCCGCUCGUGGAGUGACCCCACCCCCGUCAAGCCUGAGUCACUGCAUGAAUCCAGAGACAGUGGCGAGCUUCAGACCUCCUCAGGGACGCUGGAUGAAGGGCUGGAUGAGGAUGCCGACUGGGAAGAGGAGAAGGAGAUGGAAAGAGCGGCCUGCGAAGGAGAUGACUUUAUCCCUCCGAAAAUCAUGCUCAUAUCUUCCAAGGUCCCGAAGGCUGAAUACGUUCCCAACAUCAUCCGUAGGGAUGACCCCUCCAUCAUUCCCAUACUUUAUGACCACGAACACGCCACAUUUGAUGACAUUCUGGAGGAGAUAGAAAAGAAGCUGACUGCCUACAGGAAAGGCUGUAAAAUCUGGAACAUGCUCAUUUUCUGCCAGGGAGGUCCAGGACAUUUAUACCUGCUGAAGAAUAAAGUGGCAACCUUUGCCAAGGUGGAGAAAGAAGAGGAUAUGAUCCAGUUCUGGCGGCGGCUCAGCAGGCUGAUGAGUAAGCUGAAUCCAGAGCCCAACCUCAUCCAUAUUAUGGGCUGCUAUGUCCUGGGGAGUGCUAAUGGAGAAAAGCUUAUUCAGACUCUGAAGAGGCUGAUGAGACCCACCUCGGUUGAAUUUAAGUCUCCCCUAGAGCUAUCAGCACAGGGCAAAGAGAUGAUCGAGAUGUACUUUGACUUCCGCUUGUUUCGCCUGUGGAAAAGCCGUCAGCACUCCAAGCUGCUGGACUACGACGACCUCUUGUGACAUCACCCACUGUUCCGUUGGGUUGUCGGCCAGUUGUUGCGAGUCUGAGCCUACCUUUGUAUGGUGACAAGGCAUUUGGUUGAAGUGGGGACUCCUCCCCUCUCCAGAGAGGCUCCUAGACCAGCUCUGUGUGCGCAGUUGGAGCUGGAGCAGCGGUGGAGGCAGCAGCGGUUGGGUCUGUUUUUUUAAGCCCUUCGGAAGCGACGGGGUGUGGCCCUGUAGAUUCAGCCCGGGGUGUGCUUUUUCUCCCACACCUAUUUUCACUUUCUGCCUCUGCCUAACCCUAGAAAAGAGAAAGAAGGGGGACAAGAAAAAGUUGAAGGAGCAAGUGACUCAUCAGCAUAGCCUAAAUGUGUCAGAAACACCAACUAGACUUAGAUUUCUGAAUUCAGAGAGGCUAUUAGAUACAAGAGUGACAGCAAAGAGUAGAAAGAGCUCCCUCUUUCUGAGUUUUGAGGAUUUUUUUUGCCUUGCCUUUAGCCAACCUAUCUGCUCUUGUUAGAAGGAGGCUUAUGAGGAUGGAAUUACAUGUUAUUUACAAGGGAAUUAGAGCCUAUAUGUAAAUAAACAAGUGCUUGCUAGAGCAUUAGAGAAUACAUUUCCAACAUCUCUCUUCAUGCUAUUAUGUGAAGAUCUAGACAUGUGAUUAGUCUUAAAAAUUAGAAUUGUCUAUUUACCAUAGCUUUUUUAAAACUUAAGAUAAACAUAUUAGUAUUUCUUACGAAAAGUUGUAAUAACUCAGGUCAAAUUCUUUUGUUUUCUACUAAGAAUUGUACUCACCUGUACAACAUACUGUAGAUCAGAAUCAAAGGCCUUCACACUCCACACAGAGUCAUCUCCAGUGGAACAUCAGGGAUGAGUGGAGCUUUUCUUCAUUUUCAUCAUCAUCUUUUGAGUCAGCUGUAGCCAAACAGACCGAUGUAUCCAUGCAUGUUGUUUCAUAACAUUACAGCAUUAUGUGUUAGCCCAUUGAGCCACUGCUAGCUAUUGGUUUGUGGGUUCAAAGCCUUUUAUAGUGUUUGUAUUGCAUGUGUGUGCUCAAAGCCUUCUUGCAUAGCUACUCUGUAAAGAGGUUUCAGGUGAAGACUCUGACAACAAACUCUUUACAGUGAUUGUAAGUAGACAAAGCUAUAUAGUGCAUAUUUAGUUUAUUCAAAAAUUUUAUUCACAUUUUUGGAGAAUUAUUCACUCUUUACUUAACUUGAAGAAGCAAGGAGUGGUAGAGGCAAAAGUAUCCUUUGACUUAUUUUUGUUUGCCCUCGCCACCAACUUGUUGUUUCCAUUUUGCAUAUACAUUAAUCUUAAUGUUAAUCGUAUGACAGCGACAGUGUCAUUGGAUUAACUGUGUCAUCCAAACUGAAUGACAUCAUCAAGACACUGUCUUUAAGGGAUAUUUCACCAACUUUCAAAAGCUCCACCCAAGGGCUUAACCAGUGUGCUGUAGACCCACAGAUACAAUAACGUGAUACAGCUGAUCGGUAAAGGUUUUGUGAGACUGUGGUGUCUAAAACUGCAGGUAUUGGUAUUGAAUAUGAGUAAAAAUGGGGAGGAUGAGUGAUAUUUACAUUGCUUCAUAUCAAGCUUAUGCUGAGCUGGUCAUGUCCUCUGUUAUAUAAUCUCCUCUUUCUGCCUUCUGCAAAUGUGCACCCUUAGACCAAAGCGCUUUUUUUUUUCAUCCACAGCAAAGGCUGAGGAAAAGUGCUUUGCUUCUUGUUUCUUCAGCGCAGUUUGCUUGUAGAAUGAAGAUUAGUAUUUGGAUUUGGAUGAAAGUCUUCAUAUUUUUAAAGUAACUCAACAUGUGUCAUUUGCGACAUGCUUCCCAAUUGUUUAUACUGUGUCCUGGCCUCCCUGCACACAUGUAUUGUAACCAUGGUUGUCCUAGCCUAGUAUUGCUGCAGCUUCCUUAUCCAUGCAGGCCAGCUGAGCAGGAAUUAGUUUUCAUGGCAGUGGAGCAGUCUGGGUAGCUGUUAGCCUGCAGGUGGAGGAUGCAAACACUCAUCAUCCUAAACACGUAAUGGCUCUUUAAAGAAGAUACAUUGAUGGUUUCCAAAUAUCUCCUUAUCGCCAGUGAGGAUGUAAGAUAUUAAAUAUUCAUGAGGAUAGUUGUAAGAGUACUAUUUUACAGUGUAAAUGCUUUUUACAGAGGGCAGUAAUCACGUUGCUACAGAAAGUGUGUUAAAUGAGUGGCUGCACUGUUUCAUCCAUCCAUUUUCUUCCGCUUAAGCCCUUCAAGUAGUUGAUGGUAUUUGUAUUAUCUGGCUUCAAUUACAAGUGUGGAUGGAUGUUUUCUCCUGUAAUUCCAUUAUUUAUGUAACAAAGUGUAUUCACUCAAGUAAAAAGAUAAUUCAUAAUUGUAACAUACUAUCUUAUAAUAACUUGAAAAUUGUUCUUUUGUGUCUUUUUUUGUCUAUGAAAAUGAGUGGAAAUUAAAACAGCCCCUCAAAAUCUGUUUUAUUUGCUACAAUUAGCUACCAAGCAGCCUAAAAUAUACCCAUCUUAUUUAUCUGUUAUUGUGAGGACUUUUUAUUGUAUUCAUGUGAUCAAGCUCUCAGAACUCGGGAACAGUAAGUCAUAAUAUUGAGUUGUAUAAGUUGCUGACAUAAUGUUUCUGACGUGUUUGCUUGAGUGAAUGCAGUCUUCUUCAACACUAUUACCAUGAAAUAUUGCUGUGUCUCAAAUCACGUACUUCCAUAUUUACAUUCAUUAUUUUGAGUACAUCUGUGUGUUUGCUAUCAAGUCCUGCUACAUGAAGUGCUGCUUGAGUACCUGGACGUGUGGAACUCCAUACAGUUCUCACACUCUUGGCUCGGUGGCAGAUGGAGAAGGACCAUCGGUUUGCUAACAGAUUUCUUUUGGAUAAGAGUAGUUUUUUUUUCUUUUGUUUGUUUGCUUGUUUUCCAGGCAUUGCAGGUAACAACAUGUUACAUAUGUUUGCUUCUUAUUAAACUGUUUUUAUUCAGUUUCAUUACGUUUUUAUUAAACUAGCUUUGUUAAACUGCCAUUUUCUCUGUAGAAGAAUUUAGUAUUAUGUGCAGCCAAAGGCACAACAUGUUGCAAAUAUUCAUAAAACACAGUAGCUAGCACAAAAAUUGCAGUAAAUAUUGCCAGUGUCAUUUAUGGUAAGUGCACAUCUGGCCAACUUUGAUCUGAGACAACUUUACAGUCUAAAUUCAUGUACUAAUCAAGUAAGCAUAUAGUUUACAUAAAGUACUACAUGAAAGAGUAUUUGAAUUGAGACACACUGUAUGCUUGCCUGCACUUAGACAUGCAUUUAAUGCUGUCACAUACUGCUUUGUUCCACAUAGCAUGCAUCACAUGAUCUCUGUCACAAGCAUAGUGAUAACUUGGUAUCAUCAGUGGAACUACUACUUGCUAGUUUGAUGGCUGGUUUGCAGCAUACUGUCAUAAAUAGCAUCCAGGUCCUUGAAUUACCUCAAAUGCAGAGAAAAGCACGAAGUUGCUUAUUUGUUAGAAAAUAUUUAAUCAUGUUUACGUAAGAAGUUUUCCUUGCUCUCUCUGCCUUUUUAAUUUUCAUGAAUGUUCUGUUCAUUAGGAAAUAUUGUACAUUUUCACUGCAUACCAUUUUAUUCACAAUUUAGUUUUGUUUCCACCUUGCCGGUCUUUCUAUUUUUGUUUGUUUUUGGUGGAUAAUGUGUAAAGCCUUGAUUAUACUUUCCAUGUGUGUGAGCCCGCUACGGUCUGCUUGGGUAUGAGUAAUGCAAAUUUUGUCACGAGACAGUGAACACGAGGGUCUAUGCAGAUUUCUGCAUGCCUGGCCCUUUUUCUUUUUUCUUGUCUUUUUUCUUUUUUGACCACAUGGACUCCAGAGACUUUAAAUUACAGCACAACAAAUGUGCAUGCGCCCCAGGUGGAGGACUUCAAACGGACCUGAAGGAAUCAUAACAGGAAUUACUUUUUGGCUCUCAUAUCUCCUGGCCAUCUCCGAUACGGAGUAUACUUCAGGCUUAAAGCAAAGUUACUGAAGGUCAACACUUUCUCACCAAUUUUUUUUGUCAAAAUCCUUCAGGAAGCCUAAAUGAAAUCCAAUCCUCAUUGGAGGCAACAUUUCACCAUCCACCUGCUCACUGGCAACCCAUCUAGGGCUGAGCUUAGUGGUAAGGUUUGAGUUUGUUUAGCAUCCACCCCAUUUUACAGAAUUUUCUGAUUUGGAACAUUCAAAUGGAAAAGCUUUUAACAGAAAAGCUGUGAUGCCAAAAUUUCAUUUGAAAUGGAACAUCUUCUGGUGUCUUUAAUUGUCUAUGCUGGUCAAACCACCUACAGUACAGUUACGUCAAACAGUAGGGGGAUGUUCAAUAUUUAAACUAAAUUUUACAUUAAUUGUGUAAGUCUGGCUAGUUUUACUUGUUCACCGUAUUUACACCAACCUCAAAGUUAGUUUUAUUUUGGUGUAACUGUAUGUUUUGUACUCCCAGUCGUACACAGAACUUUUACCUUUUCUUUUCCUUUUGUUCAGACUUUCUAUCCUGAGUGUUUUGGACUUACAGUACUAUGUGAAGUCGUGCCUGGUUUUUUUGUGCUCAGUGAUCUCUUUGCUUAAAGGUGGAUCUGAUCUUAAGUGUUGUACAUUCAUCACUUUCCUUCAUGUUGAUAUGUAUUUGUUUAAAGAUCACACACUUUCCCAAUCUGUCUUUUGUAGCAGUAAUACUGAGUAAGAAUAUUUCUGUAUUUGGUAUUUCAAUUUGUAUAUUUGUAUGUAUAAGAGCAUUGUUGGAGGUAUUGUAUGAGACUGUAAUCACUUUGUAUUUUAAUGACUGUUUUACAAUUCUGUGGCUGGUGGACAGAAACAGACACUGCAGUGUGUGCUCACUGCUCGGCUCCUUUAUAUUCUGCAGCAGUUUAGUGUAGCUCCAGUCCUGAUCAUACAAGACUCUUCUUUCUCCUCUGCUGUGAGUUUAAGUAAAGGCCAAACCCCACAGCCUUAUUACACACCUCUGUUCGACACUUGUAACCACAUCUCGUGUCAGUAUGUUCAAUUGUGCUGUUGUGUUACCUUUAAUUCCAAGCUUGGUGGAUUUCUAAUGAGUUUUCUGAUAACAAAGAAAACAGGCUCUCCUUACUGUACCAGAGAUUCAUUACCUGCUGUCAAGCUCAGGAAAUUUUCCCUAUGGCUGUGAUCAGAUAGAACACGUAGCUCUCGUGCUGGAACAUAAAGCAUCAGUGGUAACGUGAAGAAAAAGCUCAAGCAGUGUGAAACAACUUGCAGAGUGUAGAUUGGACCAGUUUUGCGACACACUUCAUAGCCUAUUCUGGCAACAGAGCAUUGAACCACGGUGUCAUGUGGGACAUCAGGCAAGAUAGAUCUUUGAAUAUUAGCAGACAAAAGCCAAAUAUGGUUUUAGAACGUUGCUGCAAAUGUCUUUUACAUGAAACAUCCAUGCUGAUCCAUCCAAACUAACCAGGAUGAGUGGGGUAUAAGAUUACAAAAUAAUAAUAAUAAACCACUGUCCCCAGAACCUAUACUGUGAGCUUUGGUAUCUUGACUGCAGAGGACUAAAGAGGACUGGAGCUGAAAAAUUAUGGUUGCAAUAUAAUGUAUCAUUUUGAAAAUUAUUUUAAUAAUACACUUUGCUUCUCAAAAUCAUUUCCUUAAAGCAGUGACUCUUCCAUGCAUUAAGUAAAUUGGGUCAAGAAAGUUGGGCGUCUAGGAUACAAUAUGCCAUAAAAUCGUGAGUUACUAUUCUACUGGGUGCCAGGCUGGUACAGUAAUAGUUUUAAGUGACAAAAGUGCCAGAAAAAUCUAAAGUUCAUGCAGUGAGUAUAUGUCAGCCACAGUUGUCUUGAACUGGUUAUAAGUUACCUAAAUACAUUGUAUAAACUCCAGUACUGAUCACACAAUAAAAGUCAAUAAUUCUGUUUUAUGACUAGAAUAUUACAGUAAGUGCUUUUCAUAUUUCAUGAAUUGCAGGCAUAAUCAAUUUUCUUUCUCAAUCAUCUCUUUCUAGAUUUUCUUCCCUUUUGUUUGUUCCCAUCAUUGCUGACUUCAUUCAAGGACCUCAUUUAGACACCAGAAAGACAGUGAGGAAUCAGCAAGUGGAGAAAACCUGCAAACAACAGCACAUUAAAUACUUCUGAAGACAAUACUUCUGCUAAUGAGAGAGAAAUUUAACUACUAACUAAAAUCGCUGAAAGAAGCUUCAGUUUUGGUUGUGUAUGUAGGCUACUCUGUGGGUUUGUUACUACAGUGGACUCCCAUUUUCAUACACAGCACACACUUUUUCAGUAACAAUAUUAUUAAUCAAUAAUAUUGACCAGUGUAGCUUUCAGGUAAAAAGUGCACCUGUGCUUACGGGCAGAGGAGAAAUCAGGAGAUGUUUGUUUGAAGGAGUCGAGCAGUGACAGCCUUGGCAAUCUUCUUUAGGUGUGGGUAGCUUUAUAUCUGGGAUGUUAAGACUCUUUUAAUGAGGUCAUGUAUUCAUAUAUGUGCAGAUCUAUUUCAGUAGAAAUGACCACGCACGGUUUGACUUGUGAUGGUUCACUAAAGCAGCAUUUCCAUUUCUUGAGAACAAAUUACCAAAUUCAAGAGGUUGAGCUUUUCCUCCCCUCUCAUUAUUUUCCAGAUUAAAAUCUAUCCUAUCGAGAAUAGAAAAGAAUUAUUAUUAUUCAGUGUUGUUGUGCCCUCCCUGCUGCUUCAUGCCAGUUUCAGUGAAGAUUUCCAAGGCUCAUUUGGGAAUGUGAUUGAGUUUGAUGAGGAUGAUGGAUUGAUGCUGCUUUGAUUGCCCUGACAUCUCCAGUUGGGCUGUAAUUGUAGUUUUGGACGUUUGGAAAAUAAUAUGUCUAUUUAAUGUUUGUGUCAUUUUGCAUCAGCUUCUGAGUCAUUUAACUGAGCAUUACAUUUUGGAAUAGCCUUUUUAGUCCAACACAGUAGAGUGUGAGAUAGAGAAAAUCUUAAAGGUUUGCUAGCAAUUAGCAUUACUGCAUAUGGUGAUUUUGAUACUAGUAAACGUUAAAACUAUAUCUGGGUAGCUUUCCUGAACUUUUGGGUUCUUCCUUAGAGUACACAUUAUAGAUUGCAGCUUAGUCAAAGGGCAAUGUGUUGUAUCUGAAAUAAUAGCAAAGAAAUGUUUUUCCAUUGCACAAU